CGCUGUCCAAAGCAACGAACUCGAACCUCCUUAAAUUAACCAAGGAAGAAGAACCAGCAGACGAUCAACGCUAGUUUGGAUAACCUAACCCAAACAGAGUUGCAAAAGUUAAAACCAAAAUGUUAGGCAUGGUGUUAGUGCAUUGUUUUCAAGCAGAAGUAAACAUGCAAGGGUUGGCACCGAAUAUUUGCAGACAAACACGGUCUAGGCAACUUGCCUAGCUGUUGUUUGAGUACUCGGGAUAGCUAGCUAGCUAGCUAAGGCUUAGUUUUUGGGGCAUUAAAUUCUAAGCAUUAAUCGACCAAAACAUGGAGUCAUCCACUAAAGGAAAAGCCAAGCGAAGGCACUUGAACUCUGUGGAGUGCGCAGAAAUGAGUCGAAGACUAGAGGGCAGCAAACCCCUGACACAGCCCCACCAUGUCAGUUACAUGCACAGCACUUCAGACUCCAACAAGGGGUUAUACCCCAGAACUCCAACAAAGAGAAAAAAGAGAGAUUUGAGUAGAGAUGAGCAGCAACGGGACAUCACUCAGUUCUUCCCUUUGACUGGUGUGGUCAGUCCUAGGAAAGCAGCCUUGGCCCAGGCCUCAUGCUCCAUAAAGACUCAUGGUCUCAAUGUAGAGCUCAUUCCCAAAAAGGAGCUCUUUGAGGAGGAGGAGGAGGUGCUGGAUACCCCUAUAAAGGAGGAGCCUGAGGAUGAGGUUGACUAUUUGGAGGGGCUGACAACGGACAUGUUUGGGGACGAUGAAGAUUUUGAGCGCUGUGCCUCAGAUCCAGCCUGUAUGAACCACCCUAAGGAGGAGGAAGAGGAGGUGGAGGCUCUGCCUGAUGCCCACUAUGGCCUGUUGGGCAGCAGCAGGGUCCUGACCCAGCCGCAGGGACACGUGGAUGACCUCCCAGAGGAGGUGCUGAGCAUGGUGCUGAGCCUCCUGCCCACAGAGGACCUCUACUGUCAUGUCAGCCUGGUUUGCCACCGGUGGAGGAACAUUGUUACCCAGCCACUGUUUGUACCCUGGAAGAAGCUAUAUUACCGAUACACGAAAAAGGAGAGGGAAGCAGUGAAGAAGAUCAAUGGCAUCCUGGAGACCCACAGAAUCAAAAAGAAUGACCCGGAAUGCGUCCUGCACGUCGUCGAGUUCAUGGCGCAGUAUAAGCCCAUUCAGAGGGUGAAACCUGAUGCAGUGUUACAGAGUUUAAGGAGACAUCGCCUGUUCCCUCAGGCUGAAGCCUGCAUCAAAAACAGACUCCCCAAACUGGGGGGCAUUGAGGGGGGCCCUAACCCGUGGGCGGCGAUGGCAUUGCUUCUGGUGCUGUGUGACGGGGUUGGAGAUGUUCUGGACCUGGUGGCUCAUCUUAGAGGCUGCCUGCCUUCAGCCAGCGCCAUUACAGAGUACCUCAGUGCUAUGGCAACUAUGCUGCUCGCCAUGAGAAGAAACAACAUCAACAUCAGUAACAGAUGGCACUACAAUAUCUUCUAUGUCCUUCAUCUGUUGGAGAACGCUCCGACGGCGCUGCCAAGUAGUCAGAACGGGCAAACCCUGAUUCAAAUGACCCAUGAGCAACAGAAGAUCCUCAACCACGAGAUCCAGCGACACCAUGUGAUGAAGAUCAUUGCCUUUGCAGGGACAGGGAAGACCUCAACGCUGGUUCGGUAUGCCCAGCAGAGGCCACACCUCCGAUUCCUCUAUAUGGCCUUUAACAAGUCAGUGGCAAACCAGGCCCAACGCUGGUUCCCGGCAAAUGUGGACUGCAAGACCGUCCACUCCAUGGCCUUCAGAGCUGUCGGAAAGAGGUACCAGGAGUUGAAGAAGUUGUCAGGAAACGUGAAGCCCUUCUCUUUAGCCUGGGUGCUUCCUGAGGGCCGCAGGGGCUUUGUCAACGCCAAGGUGGUCACCCGGACCCUUAACACCUACAUGUCAUCGGCCGACACACACGUCAACACCAACCACGUCCCAGACUCUUACACCAACACAAGAGGUUCAGUGACCACGCCUGACCACCAAGAAAAACAGAUGUUUGUGAGAGAUGCCCAGAGGAUCUGGGACAAAAUGGUUGCCUUAGAAGAGACAAGGGAGUCUGCAUACCACAUGACCCAUGAUGGUUAUCUGAAGCUGUGGCAGCUGCAGAGACCAUGUCUGGACCAGUAUGAUGUCAUCUUCAUAGACGAGGCACAAGACUGCACUCCAGCCAUCAUGGACAUUAUGCUGCAUCAGCACUGUGGGAAGAUCCUUGUGGGAGACCCUCACCAACAGAUCUACACGUUUAGGGGAGCUGUCAAUGCCCUACACCUGGUGGAACACACACAUCUCUACUACCUCACCCAGAGCUUUCGGUUUGGUUCUGAGAUUGCCUACAUCGGAGCCACGAUUCUCCAAGUGUGUAAGAAAGUGAAGAAGAUUCUUGUUGGAGGAAAACAAGACGGCAGUGUUAAGGGCAUGGCUGCGGACUCCCUGCGUCCCCUGACUACAGGGUCCAGUCUUGGUCGGGGCAAGCUAGCGGUGCUUUCUCGGUGUAACGUCACCGUGUUUGACCAAGCAGUCAAACUGACUGACGUCAAUCCCCACUGUAGGCUGCACAUCAUAGGAGGAGUGGAGAACUUUGGCUUGAACACAAUCAUGGACAUUUGGGUCCUGAUGCAACCAGAAAAGAACCGACCCCGAGGCAUCAAAGACCUGUUCAUACGCAGGUUCACCAAGGAGAGCCUUGGAGGCUACAUGGGGCUGAAGAUGUAUGCUACUAAGACGGAGGACCGCGAGUUAGAGGGCAAAUUCACUGUGGUGGAGAAAUACAACAGCCGCAUCCCUGACCUGGUGGAGCGCAUCUAUAGUUGCACUGAAAGAGAGGCCCAACACGCAGAUUUUAUCCUGGGGACGGUCCAUAAGUCAAAGGGCCUGGAGUUUGACACCGUGGUGGUCACUGAUGACUUUGCUAAGGUCCCCUGUGCCGCACACAACUUACCCAGGCUUUCCAGCUACUCAGGAGGUGAGAUCCCGGAGGAUGAGUGGAAUCUUCUGUAUGUGGCGGUGACGCGAGCCAAGAGCUCUCUGGUCAUCACCAAGAACAUCUCUAACAUCCUCACACUGGCUGGGGAGUACUUUUUAAGGACAGAGUUGACUGGGGCGCAGCUAACAGAAGGCCAGCCCCCACGCUGCGCAGUGCGGGAGUGUCAGUACCACAUCACGGCCGACUGGCCCCUUGCCAUGCGCAAACUACCGUUCAAAUACAUUGAAAGUUCGGACGAUGGAGGUCCUAUGUGUGGGGCAUGUGUAUUGCAGCGCAUCGGCCCCACAGCCAGCCUCCUCGCCCCCCCUGAAUUGCUUCAGGUCCUGCCAGUAACACUGGAGCGUCUGGAGCUGCCCAUAAACUAUGCCUUGCUGAUGGCUAUUUUCUGAGGCCCACACAAAAGAUACAGCUUUGUCUAUUCUCAGAACAGCUCACAGACAGACACACACACACUUAAUACAUGAAGCCAUGACUCAACCAGGGUUGUGGUCAAGGCAGUGGUUUUUCUGUGUCAUCAGCAUGUGAACGAGACGAUUUGGCAGAGUUGCUGUGGAUGAGUAGAUAGCAGAACAGAUUAACUCAACCAGUCUGCUGGAACCUAGAAAGACUGUCAACGUGCCAUGAUUAUCAUCCUCUUUUCAAGAGAGCUGGGACCUUCCUUCCUCAUCCUUGUCGAUUGGAUUGAUGUUCAUUGUCAUAACUUGUGCAAUAUCUAUGUUUAGUUUUUUCUGUGUGCUUGCCGCCGUGUAAAAUAUGCAUGUAACCUUUUUUAAAUGUCUGGGGGUUUUUUAAAUUGUAAAAAUGGUACUGAAGAAAUCUUUUAACAAAACAUAUUUGUAUUGAGUUUUUGACAUUGUAGUUUGAAAAAAGUUAAUAUAAUUCUCCAGCUACAAACCAGAAUCCAGUACACGUGUUCUUUCCACCAUGUAGAGCAGUCCCAUACAACAUUCAACCCUGGAAAUUGUCAGGACCUUCCCUAAAACACACGGGUGUACUGCAAGACCAUAACUUAGACCAGUCCGAUAAAUAAAGUCUGAUGAGUAGAUAUGCA